AUGGCGUCCCUGUCCCUGCCGACGGCGUGCCUGGCGCUGACGCUGCUCACCCACUGGGCGGCGGCGCAGAGCGCCGGUGCGCCGCCCCCCAAGUUUGUGCCCCGGACGUCGGGCCCGUCCCCCCUGGCCCGCGCCAAUGCGGACUUUGCCUUCCGGAUGUACUGCCGGCACCUGGACUCCCACGCCUCCAGCAACUUCGCCAUCUCGCCGGCCAGCGUGACCCAGUCGCUGGCGCAGCUCUACGCGGGCGCCGCGGGGGCCACCGCGGAGCAGAUGCGCAACGUGAUGAAAUUGAAGGGGGAGCCGACGGAUUUGGACAUGCACAGGGAGUUGGCGGGUCUGGCCGCGCCUGGGGACGGCGAAGGGUACAAUUUCAGCCUGGCGAGCCGUGUGUACCUCAACGAAGGCUUCGAGCCCCUGGAGGGCUACAGCAGCCUGAUCGGGGACGUGUACGGCGCAGAGGCUGAGGUGCUGGACUUCGGGGCCAGCCCGGAGGCCAGCAGGCGCGCGAUCAACGAGUGGGUGGAGGGCCGGACCGGCGGGAGGAUCGCGGACCUGGUCCCGGAGGGCAGCCUGGGGCCGGACACGCGCAUGGUGCUGGCCAACGCGUUGUACUUCAGGGCGUCCUGGGCGACGCAGUUCGACCCGGCGGAGACGCAGAAGGCCCAGUUCCGCGCGGGCGGGGACGGGAACUCGACGGUGGACAUGAUGAAGCUGGAAUCGAUGUUCGCGCACGCGGCGGUCACUGAGCGAGAUUUGCAGGUGCUGGAGCUGCCCUACAGUGGCGGGCGGUUCUCGAUGUUCGUGGUGCUGCCGGACGCGGCGGACGGCCUGCCAGCCGUGGAGGCCAGCUUCUGCGACGGGAACGGCAACGGUGGCAGCGUGGUGUUCGGCCUGAACGAGAGGCUGACGCCCCGCGUGGUGGUGGUCAACCUGCCGCGGUUCAGCGUGGAGGGUUCCGUCGAGCUGCACGACCUGCUGCCGGAGAUUGGGAUGCGGGACGCCUUCAACGCGUCAGCCGCGGACCUGUCGGGCAUCGACGGGCGCGGGGAGCUGUACGUGACCGCCGCGCAGCACAAGGCCUUCGUGGAGGUGAACGAGGAGGGCACGGAGGCCGCAGCGGGCACCGCCAUGCAGGUGGCCAUGAGGUCGCUGCCGCCAACGUUCGAGGCGGACAGGCCGUUCAUGUUCUACAUCAUGGAUAACGCGAACAAGGCGCUGGUUAUGCUGGGGCGGAUGUGGGACCCGGAGGUGAAGGCCUGA